AUGGUCACCAUUGUCGAAUCAAUACACGGACCUGGCUCCGUGCUGCUCAUAGCGCCAACAGGCAUGGCUGCCAACAAUAUCAACGGAACAACAAUUCAUUCCGCUUUUCACUUGAUGCUUUCGAGAGGUGGUGCAAUGCCAGAUCUAACGGGGGAAAGCGAACGUAAUUUUCAGGAUAAAAUGUCUACAAUUAAAGUGAUCAUUUGCGAUGAAAUGUCUAUGGUUGGAAUGAAGCUUCUUGCUACAAUUGAUCAGAGGUUACGACAGGCAUACCCGGAGAAUCAAUCGGUGGAAUUUGGUGGCGCUAUAAUGUACUUGCUCGGUGAUUUCAAUCAACUGCCGCCAGUCGGUGAUACAUCACUGUUUGGGAUUGCUAAAUCGUCCAACAUGCUAGCAAUCAGAGGACAGCUGCUGUUCGAAAAAUUUAAUACGGUUUUCGAGCUGAAACAGAUAAUGAGACAGGUCGGAGUCGAACAAGAAGCAUAUCGCAAGACGUUAAUCAACAUUGCUAACGGCAAAGUGACCGAUGAUGACUACGAUCUCCUGCAAUCAAGGUUUGCGUCAAACGUUAUGAGUUCUUUCACUGAGUUCAGUGGAUGCAUCCAUUUGAAAGCAAAAAAGGAAGACAUCAUCGAAUAUAAUGAGCAUAUGCUCCGCCAACUGAAUAAACCCGUAGCGAUAAUACGUGCUAAGCACAAUAACGUCACAGCAAUCUCUGGUUCAACCGAUGUUGCCCAAGGCCUUCCAGCAACAUUGUGGCUAGCGUCGGAUUGCCGAGUCAUGCUUACGCAAAACUUACGUCGCUGA